AUGUAUGUAUAUUCAGUAUUGCUCGUCAUGAAAGAGGACUUCGACUUUGUGGGUCAGGAUGAGGACAAAAGAUGCUCAAGAAGAAACAACACGCUACGAUUAGCGAUAAUAGGGAUGCUAAAGGUGCGGCUAGACGAAGCGACUACGCUUGAAGCUAAUUUGGCGACGGAACGGACGGCGUGUAGGUAUCUCACCACUGCACCUGCCACUCCAGAGUCCCUCCCUGUGUAUGUCGACCCUGCGGCGCCUGUCGUCCCCGUGGCGCCACCGAAAACCGUCCUCACUUUUUACGGCCACCCUCUUCCCCCCAUCGCUACCUCCCGAUCUAACCCCCACCCCCCGUUGUCGCCGGCCGGCGGUCCAAGAAUGGGGAUGAAAGAGGAAAGGGAGGAAAACUACCCAUUAUUGCCCCUACGGAUGAAAGUAACCUCCAGCAGAGACGAAACCAAAUCACCACGGCUGACUGGACUUACGUUGCUGCGUCUUUUUAUAUUUUUCGUCAAUUGCAAGCCGGUUAUUUCGUUGACAGUGAAUUAAUAAUUAUUAUUGUUAUAAUAUAUAAUGAUCUCGUGUUAUGCUCAUUAAUACAAUUCUUGUUUGUACAGAAGAUGAAGAAGAAAUACCCCCUUAUCGUAUACACUAUUAUUAUGCUUUUUAUGUGACUCUAUCAUUCAUAAUAUGUAAUACACACAACAAAGAUUGUUUUGUAUGACGGGUGCAAUACGACGAUUUCGAACGUCAUUUUCACUGAAAAACCUACAAUAAUAUUCGCAAAUAAACAAGAAAGUGGUUGGUUGAAUUUUUAAGAUAAAAAAACGUAACCAUUAAAAAUGAACAUUUGGAAAUGUAUAUCUGUCGUUGAUUAUUUUGAGCUAAAUGUUUUGAAACAUAAUAAAUUUAUACUUAUGAUUAUAGAACACUGGUAAGAAGCCUCAAAAAAAGAUAUCAUAAAACGUUCCAAUACGGAGCCAGCAGCUAACUUAUAUUGCUUCAGCUUUUUGAAAAGCACCGUACACCUGAUCUUAAAUUAGACCAAUCGGAAUCAUCGCAUUGCAGCUGCACAACUCGAACUGGUGCCAUUUAUCUACAGAUUUAAUUUGGCGAUUGCCAAUUGUUGUUAACUAAGGUGAUGUUAAGCGAGCGUUCUGGACGAGAAGAAGCGGUAUCCGAAAUUGGCAGCUCAAUACUUCGCGUUCGAUCGAGAACAUUUUCGAUGAUAAAUCGUGGAUUUCAUAUAUGUUACAAAUUAUGUUUCGCUAAUUUGUAGCGUUGUUAAUUUUAAGGGCAGGAGGCGUUGAUGAUUGCAUUCAUAUGAUGAUGUCAAGGAAUACCGUGGACGUUGUGUAUAUAUCUACAUAUAUAGCGUUUAGUUGACCUCCGUGCAAAGUCAGCCUGUCAAAUAUUUUUUCUGCUAACAUGCAAAUGUUUGAAAAUACAUGAAUAUAAUAUUUACGUAUCAUCUGUCACCUAUUACAUUUUUGAGCAAGAUUACCAUUAACUCUGAUGAAGUAGAUGAUUCUGGGACAGUCCCGGUUGAUUGCAACGCUAUCAAAGACUUUUACGAUUCGUCACAAAAUGCUACUUUUGCAGUCCGACUUUGGACGGCGGUUUAGUUAUUAGGUGCUUCGCGUACCUUUUUUGUUGAGUUAUUUUUAAUUUUUAUAAAUAAAUCAUUUAUUCUCGUCAUGCGGUACUGGUCAUAGUCUUUGUUUUUUUUUUGUCGCAGCCCCGACGCGGGGCACAACCAUCAUCAUUUUAGAAAUAUUUUUUUACUGUAAUAUAUUUGUAAAGUGUUUUGACGUAUUGUUAGAUGUUGAAAUAGUGACGACGACGCGCCGCCAGCGCCCUCUACGACAAACGUAGAUUAAUUAAAUUAAUUUUUAAACUAAUAGGAGGCGCUAGCGGUAGACUCGAAAACUUUUAUUUCGUUAAGUUACUUACGAUGAGCUGGCUCAAAAAAUAUUUGUUUUUUAGCUUACGAAUAUUGUAUUUGAUGUGGAAAAUAAAUUAUUCGCUAUCGUAUCUGUACGAAGAAUCCUUGUUCCGAAAAUAUUCGUCUUAUAGUAAUUUUAUUUUGAUUCUACUAUUAUACAGCGACACCGAUAGUUUGAUUUAAAAAUUUACAUUUAAAAUCUGAUGUUCCUUUAAAAUAGAAUAGUUAUUGGCUAUGGAAGGUGUGAAUGGAUGUUUCUUGAACCAGCUUAUAUACUGAUGUGUAUAAAAUAAACCAGAGGCAAAGUUGUAGAUGUUUUUCUGUUUGUAAAGGGUUGGUCUUAACGACUUGGUCUCCAGGUGACACGAUUUCCGCAAUCCAAAUAUAACUUUAAACAACUUGGCUCGUUUUGAAUCAGCUUGCAAAUGUAUUGGUUUAUGCGUGUUACACUUUGAACUGACUUGAAACUUGUUAAUUUAUAAUCAUCUUAAGUGUUAGCCCAACAAGUGUUCAUAUUUAUAAAUAACAAGUUUUAAUAUCGCCGUUUCAUCUUGGACGUCGUGUCAAAUAUACCAAGUUCAUCAAUGAACAAAACCAUUGUUCGUUUUUUAGUUUGUGAAAUUUUAUUUAUUUAGAUUUUAAUUUCUAGACAAUAUGACGCGUUGGAAUAUAGUCAAUUAUAUAGAUUUCCAGAAAAAAAAAUGAAGCUAUGUCAAUUCUUUACAUCCGCUGUAAUGUAUGAGUGUAUUUCAAGCAACACAUUUGUUUACUUUUUUUAAAUGUAUAGGUAACUUGUCGGAAUUUUGCUUAUGAUGAACUCAAAACGCAGUGUCGAAAAGUUUUGCUCAUUCUUACCACGUGCAUGUGUUCGUUAUAUUUUACACUUAAUAGAUUUAAACGUGAGGGUGUUGGUAAACUUCCUUGCACUGCGUUGCCCAGUCUUCAAAAAAAAAAUAGUUUUAAAUUGGUUCUACCACUCGUACUUGCUUUGUAUUUGCAUUGUAAAAAUAAUAUUGUGAAUCAUGUUUCUUUCCAUUUUCGCCUGUAUAUUCCGAAGCAAACCUUGAUGUUUUCGAUACAAAUGUGUUGUUAGCAUUUAAAAAAAAAACAAAUUGAUAACCGUUUUGGUCAUAAAAUGCCUGAUAUUAAAAAGAAACAGCUAAUAUUCCAGAAUAAAUGAACAUUGAAAAAGAUGUAUAUAUGAAUGUUAGGUAUUUUAUGAAAUAAACGUUUGUUUUUUCAAUUUGACCACGCCAUUUUUUCACUUGACAGUACUUAUCUCUACACACAAACGAUGGAUUCAUACACGCACCAAAAACAUGCAACGAGUGUACUUUUUACAGUGAUAGUCGCUAAUUCAGGUGCCUCGAUUUUCUUUAAAUUCGUUAAUAUAUUAUAAAUACUAAUUUUAAGAAAAUUAUUAUAUGAAUAUAAUAUAAAUUCACAUAUUGCUGUUUCACAAAAAUAAAUGAAAAAUUUAUA